AUGACUCUUGAAUACGAAAAUCUCAAUAUCUCUCCAAAAAUCGAAAUUACGGAGAACGAUGAGCAAUUGAGUUUUCGACUCAAUUGUUCCGUUUUGGUUGAAAAUUCGAAAUUUCCGAAAAAGGAAACACUUGCUAGCAGUUGGGGAAAAAUUCUUUUGAAAUAUGGACACAGGAUUACUGGAAAAUCAAUGAAUAUUUAUGAAUUAUUUGAUCCUGACAAUGGAUGGAUUAAUUCUAAAAAUUCGCUGAAAAUUUUAUACGGAAUUCAAAUUGAUGCGAUUCAGAAAAAUGGAAUUUGGAGAUUCCACUUUUCGGAUUCAUUUUUUAAUGGGAAAGAAAAGGAACAUGGGAUUCGGGUUGAGUAUGAAGAGGAUUUCAUAAUUGUCGAGGAAGAGAUUCUCAAAUUCCAUUCCAAAAUUUUCUCCGACGAAAAUUCUGGAUUUUUGGGAGAAUUCAAAGAUUUCAAACUUCUAGAAGAGUGUAUGCAAUGUGCACAUGGAGUUCGAAUUGACGAUUCCAAAAUAUCAGAAAUCCUUCCAAUUGCCUAUAACCUGAAACUAUUCAAUGUGAUUCGAUAUUGUGAACAGAAAUUGAUUCAACAAUUCCCACGUGGUCAACAAAUUCCAAUUGAAAUGGUUUUAAAAUAUCGAAUGAGACGCUAUUUGGGAUAUUUACUCGAAAAUGAAAAAUCGAAAAAAGUAAUUUGGGAAUUUUUGAAAAAAAUGAAUUUGGAUGAAUUGGAUGGAGAGACGAUGAAGUAUUUUGUGUCCUGGAAUAAUCCGCAAGAGGAAGCGCUCGAUCACUGGGUAUGGAAGAGCCCAAUUGUUGGAUUAGAGGAGACGCAGAGUGUUCCUUCAGAGCCUAGUUCCGAGUAUGCCCCGCCGGACGGGUGGUUCUCUGAAGACGACGGCAGCAGUAGAAGUGGAGGAGAAGUAUCUGAAAAUCCCAGUCAUAAAACGUACUGUAUCUCUUCUACUGAAGCAGUUUUAUCACUUCUCAAAGUAUGCAGAAAAUGUGGAAGUAAGGCAGACAUGAAUAUUGAUCAUCGCGGUUUCAACAUGAAUAAGGUGAAACAGUUGUUCUACAUCAUCGACGCUCCUUGUUUCACAGCGAGAACUUAUGAUCGAAUCAAAGGAAAUUAUGUUUAUCCCGCGGUGACGAUCUGGUACCAAAACACAAAGGAGUGGGUGUGGGAGUUUAUGAGAAAAGCCUAUGAAGAAGUAAUUCGAAUUCAUUUUUUUCUAGGAAACAAAGAUGGUGCUUUGAACAUGGUUGGAGAUGGUUCAUUCGACAGUAGGGGAAGAUCAGCACUGUAUCUAAGAUACGUGUUAAUGGAUUCUAAAUACCAUCUAGCCCUAGACUUUGAGAUUGUCCGACAGAAAACAGGGGAGAAGAGAUACGAUAUGGAAAAGGAAGGGUUUGAGAAGAGUUUUUCCAGACUCGUUGAGGAAGCAUCAAAGUACUUGGAGCCUGGAGCUGUGAAAAGUUUCACUUCAGACCGCUCAAAAAGUAUUGCUACAUCAAUGAGGCUAAACUUCCCUCAAAUCGAACACAACUUCGAUUCGUGGCACUACAUCAGGAAUAUCACUCUUGAUAUCAUGAAGACCGGCAAGUGGUUUCAGUUGACGAAUUUCACAGCUUGUGAACACCCAGAAAUCGAUGAGUUCGACGAAAAGUCAGCUGCGUUUCUGGACUCAAAUUCGAAAAAAGAUGUGAAAGCGUUGAAUUGCCUACUGAAUAUUCUAAAGAAAGGAAAUAGAUUGGCUGAUAUUGGAAAAGUAUCACCUUUCUUCUCAACCAGCCAUGUAGAGUCACUAAAUUCUCGUGCCGUUUCGUAUGCUUCGAAAGAUAGAUUUUAUUCGUCAGAUGGUUUUACAAUUCGAACUAUGCUGACGAUGAUUGAUGUCAACGAACGACGUAGAGAUGAACUAGAAGGGAGAAGAGUGGUCAUUAGGGAGAAGAAGUACUAUAAUAAAACGUCUAAAAGAUAUUCUACAAAAUACGUUAAAAAAAAUCCUACCGACUAUAGAUGGAAAAUCGGGAUCAAGAAAACAACUCAUAGACUGAGAAAUGAAGAACGAAAUGCUCGCCUCCGUCGAGAUGAUAGUGACAGUGAUCAAUCUGAUAGUGAAAGUGAUGUUGAGGAUUUUACUAGUCAUACUGUAAGUACGACGGACGAAGAUGAAUCAGAUGCAGAUUCUGUAUGGGACCAACUCAUUCCUGUGACUGAUGAUGACAAAAUGAGCGACUCUUCAUAUGAAUACGAGUCAGAUUUAGAUACUAGAGCCUCAGAUAUCGAUUCAGUUUGGGACCAUCUAGUUCUAAUGGAUGAUGAGGGAGAAAAUCUCGAUGAUUUAGAGGAGAGUGAAGAUGAUGAAAGCUACGAGUUGAGAAGAGAUCUACGACAAUAA